UACAGAAAAUGGAAGACGAAAUUGCCGCCCUCGUUGUUGACAACGGCUCUGGUAUGUGCAAAGCUGGCUUUGCAGGAGAUGACGCUCCACGUGCUGUGUUCCCCUCCAUUGUUGGACGCCCCAGGCAUCAGGGUGUAAUGGUUGGUAUGGGCCAGAAGGACAGCUAUGUUGGUGACGAGGCACAGAGCAAAAGAGGAAUCCUGACCCUCAAGUACCCCAUUGAGCACGGAAUUGUCAACAACUGGGAUGACAUGGAGAAGAUCUGGCAUCACACCUUCUACAAUGAGCUGAGAGUUGCCCCUGAGGAGCAUCCAGUCCUGCUCACAGAGGCCCCCCUGAACCCCAAGGCCAACAGGGAAAAGAUGACGCAGAUCAUGUUUGAGACCUUCAAUGCUCCUGCCAUGUAUGUGGCCAUCCAGGCAGUGCUGUCCCUGUACGCCUCUGGUCGUACCACUGGUAUUGUCAUGGACUCCGGUGAUGGUGUCUCCCACACUGUGCCCAUCUAUGAAGGUUACGCUUUGCCCCAUGCCAUUGUCAGGCUGGACCUGGCUGGCAGGGACCUCACAGACUACCUUGUUAAAAUCCUCACUGAGAGGGGCCACAGCUUCACCACCACAGCUGAGCGUGAGAUUGUGCGUGAUAUUAAGGAGAAGCUGUGCUAUGUUGCACUCGACUUUGAGCACGAGAUGGGAACUGCUGCCUCCUCUUCAUCCCUGGAGAAGAGCUAUGAGCUGCCUGAUGGGCAGGUCAUCACCAUUGGGAACGAGAGGUUCCGUUGCCCAGAGGCUCUCUUCCAGCCCACAUUCCUUGGUAUGGAGGCCUGUGGUAUCCAUGAAACUACUUAUAACAGCAUCAUGAAGUGUGACGUUGACAUCCGUAAGGACCUGUACGCCAACACUGUGCUGUCUGGAGGUACCACCAUGUACCCUGGCAUUGCUGACCGCAUGCAGAAGGAGAUCACUUCACUGGCACCCAGCACCAUGAAGAUCAAGAUUAUUGCUCCCCCAGAGAGGAAGUACUCUGUAUGGAUUGGAGGCUCCAUCCUGGCUUCUCUGUCCACCUUCCAGCAGAUGUGGAUCAGCAAGCAGGAGUAUGAUGAGUCCGGCCCCGGCAUUGUCCACAGAAAGUGCUUCUAG